GCGAAGCGUCCGAUGUGAAGUUGCAGUGUUUAUAAAUGCACCGAUUCAGGCGUGAAUACGUAUUGUAGCACAUUUAUACAAGUACAUAAUCGAAAAUUUGGAAUUAAAAUGUAUUUAAAUACCAAUUAUGUAGUGUGUAUGGUAUUAUUUAUGGUUAAAAACGAGCUCUAAAUAGUAAAGCGGGAUUUUCAAAUCAACACCAAAUAUAUUGGACACAGAUAUAAAUGGAGCAUGUUAGACCCUUUUCACCAAUUCUGCAUUUGGAUUUAAAUAAUUUAAACUCUCCAGAGGCUGAAGACAGCAGAUAUGUUUUGACAAGUCCACGAUCACUUGAAUCCUGUGCAAGAUUGGGAGUGAAACCUGUUGAUUUGCUGUUCAAAUCAUUAACAGAGUUCAUCGAUGAAAACCAAGGCUCCUCUUUGGAAGUAGUGACCGAUUUAUACGAGGAAUAUGAGAAAGGCAGAAGAGAUCGACUGAGUUUAUGUCGAGAUGAAAGACAGAGAAUCAUUCAAGAGGGAAGGGCUAUAAAAUCAUCCAUAAAACCAUUCACAACCCUGGAAACUGUUCUAGAACAAAUGGAUGAGAGUCAAAGAACAGGAAAGACUCAGUUCAGCGGUGACCGUAUUCAUUCGAAAUCUGCGAUUUCGGUUAUUGACGCGUUUCAAAGCCCGUCCAAUGAGGUUAAAACCAAAUGUGGUACAAAAUGUCCCUUUAGCUUUAGUCUUGGCGACCUCAGGGGUCCUGCAACGGAGCAAAAACUGAAGAAACUUUCGCAAGAAGUGAGUCGCAAACUGAGCAUCGCCAUCCCCGAAAAAGAUCGCAAGAUCGCCGCACUGAUGCUAGCCAAGUACGAAGAGGAGCAGUUUCGUUUACGCCAGAGUUUGUUUGAGGAGCAACAUCGUGAGGAGGAGCAGAGGCAAGAGGAGGUAUGGCGAGCUCAAGUGGAGCAAAAGAGGAGAAGAGAACUUCUGCGACGAAUUCGCCGCUGGCAGGAGGACUUUGAAGCGCGGAGGAGGCAGCGCGAGGAGGAGCAGGCGGCGCUUGCCGAGGAGCGCGAGUGCGAGACACGUCAGCAGGAGGAGCGCUGGAGGAGACUCGCGGAGGAGCAACAAGCUCAACGGCGGAGCAAGCGAGAAGCGGCGAGCAGGGAGGCCAAAGAGCGCAAACGCUACCAGGAGAGGCUUCUGAAGGAGAAGGAGAGCGGAGAGGAGGCGCAGAAACAGAAGGAGGUGCAAGUGGCGCAUGAAAAGGAGCAGCUUGCGCUGAGGAGUAAGCGCAGAAAGGAAAAACGAGAUAGGAGGAGGCUCAAGCAAGAGAACCAGAGGGAGCUACUCAAGCACCUCCUCCUAAAAAAGGAGGUGGAGGAGCAGGAGCGCGCAGAGAAGGAACUAAAGCGUAAAGGGCUGGAACAGAAGCUCCGACGCUCCAAGGUGAACCAUGCGUUGGUGGUGGAGGCGCGGGUGCAGGACAUGCGAGAUCGUGCUGCAAGAGAGGAGGAACAGAUGCGGAUGGUGCGGCAGCGAGUGGGGCAGGAGAUUAGAGAUUGGUUGGAACAAAAACAGACAUUGGUGCAACGGUGCCAGAUGCGGAUGCAACGCGCUGCGCUGCUGGCUCAGGAGCAGUGCCACGACAGGGCUCAACGUGCCAGGCAGGAGAACCAGGAAAAGGAGUUCAGCCAUCGCAGGCUUAGAGAAAGAGUCCUGAAAGAGGAGAAAGCGCAAUGGGAGCAGAGGUGCAAAGCUGUGGCGCGAAAGGAACAGCGCAGGGAGAAGCUGUUGAAAGAGAGGGCGGAGGCGCAGGAGAGGGGCCGGAUGGUGGGGCAUGCGUCCAGCUACAUGAGGGAGAAGGUGAGGGAGCAGACCUGCCGUCGCACCUUUGACCAGAUGGCACGAGAAGCCGAGUUGACUGCUCACCUGGGCCGCUUUAAACUAUGAAUGCAAUGAAAAAAAAAUCCACCACAUCCUCCCGUGGACCUUCUAAAAGCCUGAGUGGAAACAGCAAAAGCAACUCUGAUUCUUUGUUUUAAAGGAAUAGCUCAAGAGAGACGGAGAUAAGCUUGCUUGUAUCAGAGGAUAAGGAAUAUUUUGCGUUCCAUUCAAGUUAAGCUCAGUCGUCAGCAUUUGUGGCAUAAUGUUGAUUAUCACACAUAUUUUUUUUUGACUCCUUUUCUUUAAAAAAAAAUAAAUAAAAAAGCAAAAAUCUGGGUUACAGUGAGUCAUUUACAAUGGAAGUGAAUGGGGUCAAUCUGUAAACGUAAAAGUACUCACUUUCAAAAGUAUAGCUACAAGUCGUAAACCAUAUGAGUAACAUGAUUUUAGUGUGAUUUAUUGCUUACUAACCUAUUCUGUGUAAAGUUAUAGCCGAUUUUACGACUUUGUUGCCAUGACGAUGUAACAUCCUAAAAAUGUAAUCCUAGCAAAUCCUAAAACGACCGUAAAAAUGACAAUUAAAACAAUUUUACAGCCCAAAUAAUGCACACAUUUUAACAGAAGAAUUAAUGUAAGCGCUUUUAUAAAAUUAUAAGCUUCACAUUUCUGCCUUUAAACCCUCUAAAAAUUGGCCCCAUUCACUUCCAUUGUAAGUGCCUCACUGUAACCUUGAUUUUGUUUUAGGAGGGAUGAGUAGAAAUCAAUUUUUGUGGUAAUCAACAUUAUGCCACAAAUGCUGUCGACUGAGCUCAACUUGUAUUGCAUCUAAAUGCAGCUUUACUGCUCUAUCUCAUUGUAUAAUUUCUGAAGUACUGGACAAUAGAGAACCAAAGUCAGUUUUACAAUGCAGGGUAUUUUUCAUAUUUGUGUAUGUUUACAGUGUUUCUAUAAGAUUUAAAAAACUUUUGGACUGCAUUAAAAACAUGUUUAAAGCAUGACACACAAGCUUAAAGAAUGUUCUAAUAGUGCAGAAGAGUAUUUAUGAACAAUGUUUAUCUCAAAAUAAAAUUUUUCAUAUGAUCUAUUAUAUGUAGGACAAUAAGAGCGAAUACUUCUUAGUAGAGAAUAGCUCACUAGGAUCCUAGCUCACAAGGAAUGAAUAUUAAUAUUUAAAUGCAUACUUUUCCAUCUCAUAUCAUUUCAGAAGUAUUAGACAAUGAAGAACCAGUGUCAGUUUUUAUUAUAAAGAAAAAGCAGGGUAUUUAGUAUUUUAUAUAUGAUGUUUACAAGUGUUUCUAUAGGUAUUACUAAGCCUGACAACCAGAAAGCUUUUAGUCUGCAUCAAAAAAGACCAAAAACAUGUUUAAAGCAUGACACACAAGCUUGAAGAAUGUUCAAACAGUGCAGAAGAGUAUUUGUGAAUAGUGUUAAAAGACAAAUAAUGUGACUUUUAAAAGAAUUUGUAUUAUUAAUAAAGUUUUGGAAUAUU